UGAAAACCGAAGUAGCCUCGACUGUAGAUUAACGCCUUCGGUUGGUGUUGGGGAGAGGAGGUUUUUGACUGCUCGGCGACUUCAUUAGUCUCUCUCACUUCAAUUCAUCACUCCCGAUUGUGGCUGCGCUGUAGUAAUUUUUGCUCUAUACAAUUAGUUAUAGUAAAGAUCUGGCUCUAUGUCAGUUCAACGCAUGAUCCGUCUCAUCUCUCUCUUGUUUAUCUUCUUAUUGACAUUAGAAGGCAGGUCAUAUGGAUCUGCCUUUGGGAAUCGCAAAAGAGGGAAUUCAUCUUCAUCAGUGUUUUCGCUGUUCAACUCUCAACAGAAGAGUAGGUUCUGGAGUGAAUCUGUUAUACGUGGUGAUUUCGAUGAUUUGAAACUUCCAGCCCUGGACAAAUGGGUGUUAUCAAUUACACCAAGGCAG